GCAAGGGGCGCUACGGCGUGUGCCUGAACUUCUACCGCCCCGUGGAGAGGGCGGCGCCCCCGGGGCAGCGAGAGGGGCGGGGGGGCAAGGGAGGCCCCCACCACAAGAGGGAGUCCUGGCGCUCCAGCGCUGACAGGAGCUCCGACUCCGCCUUCAGCAGGUCACAACAGUGGGGGGGGGGGGAAUGUGGUGGUGAAUGUCGGAUUGAAUAUGUGUAUAAGAGACAGCACGUGUACCUCCUGCACGUGUACCUCCUGCACGUGUACCUCCUGCACGUGUACCUCCUGCACGUGUACCUCCUGCACGGGGGCGCUGGUGCCUCCCCCAGGAGGGUGGGGGCGUCCAGGCCCCACAGCAGGGACGGGGUGUGGGGGGCCAUGAUGGGCCGCGCCCCCGACGGGCCCCCCAGCAGCGUGGUGCUGCACGACGUCCGUGAGAUCGAGACGUGGAUGCUGCGCCUCCUGUCCGCGCCCGUGCCCGUCCCUGGCAGGACCAGGCUCUCGUUGGAGCUGCUGUCUCCCAGUCUACAUCCUCCGCUGGGGUGCAGUCUCCCAGACCACACCCGCUUCUCCCUCGUAGACUUCCCCCUGCACCUUCCCCUCGAGCUGCUCGGCGUCGACGCCUGCCUCAGAGUCAUCAACCUCAUCGUGCUCGAGCAGAAGGUGAUCAUGCAGUCACGCGACGUGAACGCGCUGUCCAUGUGCGUGUUGGGGUUCGUGACGCUCAUCUACCCCCUGGAGUACAUGUUCCCCGUCAUCCCCCUGCUCCCCACCUGCAUGAGCUGCUCCGAGCAGCUGCUGCUCGCCCCAACCCCCUACAUCAUCGGCAUCCCCGCGUCCUUCCUCCCCUGCAAGCGCAACUUCAACCUGCCUGACGACGUGUGGCUCGUGGACUUGGACUGCAACCGCGUCCUGGAGCCUGCCGCCCACGACCCCAUCCCCGACCCCCCCGAGCCUGAGGCAUCCCUCCUGCGGGACCACCUCAAGCAGGCCCUGGCGAGCAUGACUGCCGUCCCUCAUCCCCACCAGGCGCCCCCAAACCCCGUGGGGGUCUCCUCCGACCCCUUCGUCUACGGCAACGACGUGGACUCAGUGGACGUAGCGACGCGCGUGGCGAUGGUUCGGUUCUUCAACUCGCAGAAUUUGCUGGCGAACUUCACGGAGCACACGCGCACCCUACGCCUCUACCCGCGCCCUGUCGUCGCCUUCCAGAUCAACUCCUUCCUGCGGUCCCGACCCAAGACCACGCCCUACCUCAGGAGUCUUGCUAGAACCCAGGCGGUGGAGUUCCUGGCGGAGUGGUCGCUGACGCCCUCGAACAUGACGUUCCUGAGGAUCAACACGGGCGUGUGCGACCCUCGCCUCAUCGGCGACAAGCCCAAGUGGUACUCGGAGGACCUCGAUGUGGUCACCUUCAGGGUGUGGUCCGAGGGCAGCUCCUUGGGCACCACACUCAAGACGGCCACUGCGGCCCAAAACUUACCCACAGACGAGAGCGGCAGCGACUCGGAGGACAGCGACGGCAGCUCCAGUAGCAGCCGCUCUUCCCUCAGCGACUUCGUGUCCGCCACCCUGUCCAUCGGUCAGCAGGCUCGGGCAGACUGCUGCAGGCUGUCGUCGGGGCUGGACCCAGCGGCGGUCUUCCACCCUCCCUCCGCCCUCCACAUCCCCGCCGCCGCCGCGCCGAGUCACCGUGGGUCAAUGUCCACGUCGUCGUCGCGCUCGUCCUUGUCGUCGUCAGGAGAGCAGCAGCAGAAGGGGAGGGAUGGAGGGGAGGAGGAGGAGGAGGUGGGGGAGGGGGUGAUGAGUCUGGCUGAGGUGGACUCCCUCCUCCCCCUGAACGUGCCCUCCUCUCCCCCCCUGCUGCGCUCCCUCCCCCUCAGGACACAAGCUCUGGAGAGGACGGACGAGGUGUUCUCCCCCGAGGACGAGUCGGUGACGACGACGCCGCGGACGGUGGUGAGCAGCGGCAGCAGACACAGCCCCGCCCUCAGGACCUCCCCCUCCCCCUCCGCCAGCAGCGAGGACCGGCCCCUCACCCCGCGACCCCGCACCUUCUCCAAAGGGAAGCAGACCUCGAUCUCGAGUGUGCUGGCGAGGGCGUCGAGCAUCGGGCACUCGUCGGGCAUGGGUCCUGGGUCGAGCGCAGGGUCGUCGUCAGGGAGCGGCGUGCCCUCCCGCCAGCCCUCGCAGAGCUCGCUGCUCGACUCCUUCACGUCCUCUGCUAAGAUGAUCGGCAAGGACAGGCAGAGCUCUCAGGAGGGAUCCUUCCUCGCACAGGUGGAUAAGCUGACGGAGCAGUUCAAGUCGCAGGUCACCGAGAAGCUCGAGGUUGUCAAGCAGACGAGCGUCGACGACGCGUCCAUUGCUCAGCACAUGGACAAGCUGGGAACGCAGGCGCGUAGAGCUGCCGAGGAGGCCAAGGAAACUGUGUCCCAGCACGGCAAGCAGGUGUCCCAGGCUGGCAGGUCGACGUUGGACGACAUUUCGUUCCUGAGCAGACACACUCUCACCGACCUCACCAAGAACGCCAGGGAGGCUGCUAAGAAGGGCGGCUUCUUCUCUAAGAUGAACUUCAAGGCGCUGGAGCUGAGAGACAACAGCCGCGUCUCCCCUCCUCCCCACCUCCCCAGACAGUCUUCCUCAGCCCCAGCACCCCAAGCUUCUCCCCCCGUCAUCCCCAGGGCUGUAAACCCUCCUCAACCUCUCCAGGCUGCAGGGCCCUCUUUACAACCUGCUUCCCCUGCGCCUGGAGGUCUUCCUGCUGCUGCUCUUUCUCCUGCUUCUGGAGCUGGACCUGCUACUGCAGGUGCUAUGCCUGCUGCUACUGUAGGGGCUGCUUCUCCUACUCCUACUCCUUCAGGUGUUGCUCCUCCUUCAGCGACUUCGCCAGCACCUCUGAGGUCACAGGUCUCCGUGACAGGACCUCCUCCUCCUGUGCCACCUCGUCGCCCUGGAAGCAUCAAGAGGCCCCCAGGAUCUGAAGAGCUUGCGGCCAGAGCGCCCUUUGGUGCUGGUGACGCUGCAGGUUCCUCUAGUGCCGCCGGUGCUGCCCAUGCUGGGGCUGAAGGCAGUUCCUCUCCCCGACCCCAAAAUCCCCCAACUAUUCCCCGAAGACCCAGCGGCGGGGUUCCCCCAGCUCUUCAAGGGUCCAUCGGACCCCACGGAGUCACGGGCAUCAUCAUCGGACCCGGCAGCGCGGGCCCGCCCCCAAAGUCCCCGCUGUUGACCCAACAAAGGCAGCAAGUCCCCACUUCUGGGUCCAAAGACUUCCUCUCGUCCAUGGGCUUUGAAUUGAACGACUUCGCUCAGCAGACGUCGAGUCUCUUCAGUGAUAUAUUUGUAGACUGCGCUGAAGAGGGAACUGUUGACAACUGCGCUGAAGAGGGAACAGUUGACAACUGCGCUGAAGAGGGAACAGUUGACAACUGCGCUGAAGAGGGAACAGUUGACAACUGCGCUGAAGUCUGCGCUGAAGAGGGAACAGUUGACGACUGCGCUGAAGAGGGAACAGCUUACUUUUUCGCUGGAAAAGAAAAGUUUGACCUCAAUGAAGAGGGAAAGAUGGGCUCCGCGGACAAAGAUUUGCAAAACAAACGACACGAUGACAAGCACACUCCGGCGGCGGACUUGGAUGGACCAGCAACCACAAUUGCAAGUCAGGGAGAUGCAUACGAAGCUAGUUUAGGAUGGAAUGAACUUCAUUCAUCAGAUGUUAUCGGCAGGGAAUCCGGUGCCGUCAAUAGUAAUAGUGUGUCCGCUGCCAUCAUUAGUGUUCCUGGUGCGUUAAACUCGAGUAAAAUUUCGGAUUUACUGAAUAAAUCUAAUAAAGAUCGCUUUCUGUUGCCAAAUGGGAGUUGUUUUACCACUAGCGAGGAUUUGGUGGCCGAGAAGGAGAUCAUGAACAACGAGAAAAACCUUCCUGAGCUCUUUGACGAUGAUAUCAAGUGUUGUGAUGUACAAUCGAACGGUUUCGCAGUAGCAGAAACAGAUUCCAGAAUAUCUUCAGACUUUGUGUCCUGUGCCAGAUAUGACCCGAGACAUGCAUCAGGAAAUGGAAACUCUUCGUUGAGCUUCGUCAACAUGAUUCGUCGGGUGACACAUGACGAGGAGCGUGUAGAGUAUCUCCCUCAAGCUGACACCCACGAACGUGGAUGCAAUGAGCCACUUACAGGAAAAUUGUGCGCAAAACAAAAAGAUUUGAACUUAGAAAUAACAUCGACUGCGUUUAGUGGAGAACGUGAUAACAAAGCCUCGACCAAAACAAAGGAUCUGAGGCAAAUGAACGACCUCAACCUCAUGACUCCAGAUAUUGCAACGGGUCGUCCUGACUCGCUCAACGCUAUUGAGCAUUACGAAGCGACCAUCUCUCCUAUCAUCGACAUCUACUGCACCAACGUCCAGAGCGACAAAUGUGAGGCCCUUGAUGCUGCCUGCACUUCUCAGAAGCCGUUAUCAAAAGCGGAAUUAAAGGGUGAAGAACGACCAGAUCUUCUAGAUUCUGUGGUGUCCAGUGCUGCAAGUCUCAGCUCCGAAUACUUUUCCGCGUCAUCGGAUUAUUCUUCGAUGACGACAAACAGCUCCGCAUUUUCUAACGGCGUCGACGAACGCAGCAUUCCCUUCCCCGAGAAACUAUUUGGUGCCGUCGCUGAUUGCGGAGAAGGCUCCUCAAUAGCCGAUGGAACCUUAGCCGAAAGCGGAUCUGUUGUUGUUGCGGGUGCCUCUUUGGCAGAAGAUGUGCAAAUGAGAGGUUCCAACACGCCAUCACCGACUACACCUCCUACAUACACUCCCAACUAUCCCCCUAUUGAAUCUUUCAGUAGACCAGGUUCCUCGUCCCCUUCCGAUGUCUUCCUCAUCAAUGAUCCCGACUUCCCCUUUGCCCUCUACACUCCUCCCAAUUCCCUAGAAGGCAAUGCCAUCGACUCGUCCAUUGCGGAGGCUCAAGUUCUCAAUAACGCUGACGAUAACAAAACUGGAACGGCAGAUAGUAACACAGUUGAGGUGAGCUUGUCGCCAACCCGGUCUGGUUUUGCCCCUAGAAUUGGCAGGGUUCGGUCUGGUCUCAACUGCACUGAUCUGAACUACAACGUUUACGAUUUUCAGCUCUCAUUGGAAAAUGGUAAGCUGCAUGAAACGAACGAGUGUCUUAAAAAUGAAGAAGGAAAAGGUAUAAUGUCUUCUGACUCCAACAAGUUGGUGGAUUCGUCACCAAAUAAACUUUUGAACGCUGGUGUCCAAGAUGCACCGGCGAACGUUAAUCCUCCAACCUCUCGACUCGCCAUGGCACUUAAAAGUUUUUCGUCCUUAUCCCUGAAACGAAAUCGUAACCAAUCGGACGAUUGCAAAAUCAAGCCCGUCGACCAACCGAAUUUCUCCCGAAGCCCCAGUCAAGAAAGUGAAUCUGAGAUCGCCAACGACUCUGACUAUUUUGCCGGUUCGUCAGCUUUAACCUCUUCUAUGUCCGACGCUUCUCUUUUCGACUCUCCAACUUCACCAACCAAGCCGAUCAUUGAACUCAAGUCACCAUCAACGCCCGACACCUGCAAGUCCAUCUUGAAGUCCAUCCCUGAGAACUGCAUCUCAUCGUCCCCGAGCUACAGUGAAUGCACUGUAAUGGCGGAUGCAGACUCGGUGAGUGAUGAUCCUCUGCCGCGAUACCCGUCCUUCUACCCGACCGAAGAGGACCCCUUCUUCUCUGCCACUCCUCUGAGCGCCAUGGUCGCCGACAGGCUCUCAGGACCCAGAAGGAGCAAGGGCUCCCCCGCCCCCCGUAUCCCCAGCGCCGCCCCCGUCAGCGUUCCGAAAACGGCCCUCAAGACCAGGGAGAGGAGUCAACCCUUCGGACCCUUCCCUCGAGGGCGGCGGCGGCUGGUCGAGAACUCGACGUUGAUCCGACACUCGGUGUCGGCGCAGCGACGCGUCGAGCUCAGCAGACUCGCGCACGACCAGCGAGCCGCGGCCACCACCACGUCCUCCGAGAACCAGGCCUUCCUCAAGGAUGUGCUGACGCAGGUCAUCGAGGGCGAGGGCAUCGGAUGGCUGAAGCUGAACCGCGUGCGCAAGCUGAUGGAGGACGAGACCUACAGGAUGCUGGUGGUGGGCGGCCUCAACCGCACGCUGGAUACCACCACACGACCUGACGACCACAUCGACGACGUCUGCAAGGACCUGUACUACUGCAUCAAGGAGGCCAUGGAGCGGGCCGCCCGUCGGGGUGUGGGGGCGCUGCCGGGGCUGGAGCUCGGGGGGGAGUUCCCCGUACAGGACAUGCGGACUGGGGAGGGCGGGCUGCUACAGGUCUGCAUGGAGGGCGUGGGGCUGCUCUUCGCCACCAGCAAGGACUUUGAGUUCUUCGUGCGACUCGACCACAUCCGCAAGUGCUUCACGCAGAGGGGCGGAGUUUUCAUCUUGGAGGAGUAUAAUCCCAAGACGAGAUACGUCAUUCAGCGAAAAUACAAGUCUGCUAUGGCUGACCAGAUCUGCUAUGCUGUGCUGUGCGUUUUUUCAUACGUCGCUGCUGGGAGCGAAUCAAAUAAACUUGACGUGGCCCAGGAACACGCGCGUCUGGCAGCCGCCGCUGCCAAUCUCGUAGCCAGGACCAACGAGUGACCGCACACAAUCGCGUACGCCUGGCUCCUGCCGCCGCCAAUCUCGUAUAGUCAGGACCAAUGAGUGACCACUCACAAUCACGCGCGUCUGGCAGCUACCGCCGUAAACCUCUAAAGGUCCGUUCACACUAGGGGCAACACACGGGCGCCAAGCGCCUCACCGCCCCUCUGUGCAGCGCCUACGUGCGCUUCUUGUGGGCAACGAAGCUAUUGACCAACUAGCGAUUCACAGGCGCUCUGCCUCAUGCAACAAAAGCGUUCAGAAUCUGCGACAGGCCUAUCCAGGCCUAUUCUUCAAUGCCGAAGAUACUAUACUAUACUACUACUCAGCACUGCACUCAGUAGACGGCUGUCUGUGGUCUAGCGAGGUUGUCUGUGUACGCUGGUCCUUUACUAUUGCAAUUGACGCCACUCUUGUUUGGACUCACUCUCCAGUAGAGAGGCUAAUUGAUCUUUGUAGAGACCAAGAAUGCCUGUAGAGCGUUCAGUCAAAGGCGUAUAAAGGUCGAAACACAAAAGAACAAGCUCUGGUGAAAAUAGUUGAAGAUUUAAAAAACUUGUGUGUACAAGUCACCAUUGACGA